AAGAAACUCUUCUUCACAUAUUUAACAUUUAAAUGUCACAUUAUUUGGGUCAAAUCACCACUUUCACAGAGGAAGUUCAAAGAUUUCUUCUUUUUCAAAACAAAUCGUUCACUGUUGAUGUGAAACAUUAAUAUGAUUUAUUUGUAAUGUCUUUUUUUAUGUUGUUUUAAAAUAUUUGUUAUGCCGCUGAAGCUAAUGGGGAGCUCAAUAAACAUAAACAUUUUAUAGCUAUCUUUUUGACUUGAUGUUUUCAUAAAAUCUUCAUAUUUUGUCACAAACAAUUAGUUCACAUCAGUUUUACUCGGUUUAAAUGAGCAUGAAUUUAUUGUUUUGAAUUUUAAUACCCUGUUACUUAAAAAAAAAAGUAAGUACAUUCUUUAUUCGUGAACUAAAGUUAUUUUCGAUAAAUGAUCACAUAAAACAAUGCAUUCAUACAGCAUAGAUACAGUGCCUUCCAAAAGUAUUAACAUUUAUUGAUCUUUCACACGUUUGUCAUAUUACGACUUUAAAGUAUUUUUUAGUAUUUUAUACCAUGAUGUAAAGCUUAAAAAAGGAGAAAAAUUAAAAUAAAAAAUAACAGCUGUUUACACCACACUAUAUCACACAAUAUCAUUUAUCGAAAAUUGUAAAAAAAAAUAAUAAAUAAAUAAAUAAAAGUGAACAAAUGUGGCAAAGUUCAAAGGCUUUUGGAAGUUUAACUACGUAUCUUUGAAGUGAAAUUAAAAUAAAACAGCAGACACCGCCCCCCAAUAAAGCAUCAGCGUUAGAACACCAUGAUCCAGCCUCUUAAUUUGAAAAUUUGAAAUAUCUCUUUUCCCCCGCCAGUGUUGCUUUUAUUUUGAAGAGUCCAACCGGAAGCCGCGUGACUUGCGCUGUCUGCCUUUCUUUCCCUGCUUUGCUCCGACUGCAAAGGACACAAUGCACGUUCCCAACGCGGAGCCGCCGGCGGCGUGUCGGAGCUGACAGCAGAUGCUGGAGCCUCGCUGCGUCCCCGAUGCGGAGCCCCGGAUCCUGAGCGGACCAUGGGGCCGACACAGCCGCCGCCCCCGCCUCCGCCGCCGCUGCUGCUGCUGCUGCUGCCGCUGAUCGGACUGCUGUGGUGCCGCUGCGUCCCGCUCUGUGCAGCGGCCUGCACAGAGCAGGUGGAGGUCCACACGGAGCGGAGGGGGGUCCUCUACAGCCCGGCCUGGCCCUUAAAUUACCCGCCUGGCCUCAACUGCAGCUGGCACAUCCAGGGCAGUCCGGGGGAAGUGAUCACCAUCAGCUUCCGUAACUUUGACCUCAUGGAGUCGGGAGGAUGCUCGGCGGACUGGCUGCUGAUGACGCCGACGCGCAGCGGGGAGUCCAGGCUCUGCGGUUCCGUGCUGCCCCCUCCUUUUAUUUCCACCAGGGGGCGCGUUUGGCUCUACUUCCACUCUGGGAGCAACAGCGCGGGCCAGGCGCAGGGCUUCCGUCUCUCCUACAUCAGAGGUCACCUCGGUCAGAGCAGCUGCCAGUCAGACGAGUUCCUGUGCGGGAACGGGAAGUGUCUCCCUCGCUCCUGGAAGUGCAACGGCCAGGACGAGUGCGGCGACGCCACAGAUGAACACGGCUGCUUCCCGCUUCCCACCGAGCCCCUCCCCAGCCUCUGCCCCCCAGGCUCCCUGCCGUGCACCGAGGCCCAGACCACCCGCUGCCUGCCCGCGGCGCUCCGCUGCAACGGGGACCGAGACUGCCGCGACGGGAGCGACGAGCUGCGCUGUCCGGACACCACCUGCGGCAAGCGACUGGGGAACUUCUACGGCUCCUUUGCCUCCCCGGACUUCUUCCACGUUGACCGGAGCUCCGUCACCGAGUUGAGGUGCUCCUGGCUGCUGGACACCCAGGACCCCAAGCCCAUCGUGCUGCAGCUGGACCUGCAGCUGGGGCCCGGGGAUUCCCUCCACGUCUACGACGGCCUGCUGCAGCGGGCGGAGCAUCUCUUACAGGUGUUGUCGCAUCACAACAACCGGCGGCCAGCGCUGCUGGAGUCCAGCCGGGGUCAGAUGAGUGUCCUGUACAUGGCGCAGCCUCACAGCCCCGGGCGAGGCUUUAACGCCACCUAUCAGGUCAAAGGUUACUGUUUCCCCGGAGAGCACCCGUGCGGCAGCGAGCAGGGCUGCUACUCCGACCACCAGCGCUGCGACGGGUACUGGCACUGCCCGUCGGGCCGCGACGAGGAGGCCUGCGCCGUGUGCCCGGACGGGGAGUUCCCGUGCGAGGGAGGCGGCGGCGGCGCGUGCUACGCGGCGUCCGAGCGCUGCAACAACCAGAAGAGGUGUCCGGACGGCUCGGACGAGAAGAACUGCUACGACUGCCAGCCCGGAAACUUCCACUGCGGCACCAACCUGUGCAUCUUCGAGACGUGGCGCUGCGACGGCCAGGAGGACUGCCUGGACGGCAGCGACGAGAGGGACUGCCUGGCCGCCGUGCCCCGCAAGGUGAUCACGGCGGCGCUGAUCGGCAGCCUGGUCUGCAGCCUGCUGCUGGUCAUCGCUCUCGGCUGCGCCCUCAAGCUGCACUCGCUGAGGAACCGAGAGUACAGAGCGUUUGAGACUCAGAUGACUCGCAUGGAGGCAGAGUUUGUUCAGAGGGAAGCCCCCCCUUCCUAUGGCCAGCUGAUAGCCCAGGGUCUCAUCCCCCCGGUGGAGGAUUUCCCAGCCUACAACCCCACCCAGGCGUCGAUGCUCCAGAACCUGCGGCUGGCGAUGCGCAGGCAGAUCAGGCGUCACUCGGCCCGCCGCUUCUCCUCUUCCUCCUCCCGCCGGCGCCUCGGCCAGCUGUGGAGCCGGCUGUUCCGCCCCGCGGGUCGAGCCAGGGCCCACGCCGCCCUUCUGGAUCCUGCCGAACCCGCGCAGGUCACGCUGGGGCUCCACAGCUACCACACCGUGAGGGAGGAGGGGCCCCUGGGCGCGGCGCGAGACGCGGCUGAAGAUGGAGGCUCGUGCUCGGCUGCGGUCGACCUCCAGGCUAGCGCGCCUGAGAGCCCCGCGUCGCCGCUGUCCCCGCACUCGGUGAACAGUUCCGACUCGGAGGCGCCGUCGCCCGUCGGCGGGGUUCCCCGGUCAGACCCAGCCGCCCCUCAGGCGACCGCUGCUCCCCCCUGCCGUCGCCGGCCAUCAAAGAAACUGGUUCUGGAACUCGCAAUUAACCUAAAGGGCGUUUCCUUAAAACGCUACUCGCCCGUGGGGCCGUUUUCUCCCGUGUCUCCUCCUGCGCUGGAAAGCAGCUUCUUGACGCAGUUGGAUCGACGUCACCCCCUGGGGUCAGCGGUGGCGUCACCCUCUGAGAUCGUGUCUCCGUUAGUGGAAGGAGAGGAGUUUGACGGCGAUUUCUCCGGGGACGUGCCAAGUGAGGAAAGGAGCGAGGUGAACGGAGAGGGAGCAAGCUGACUCAGCGGGUUCCACACAGCGAGGAAGAUGAAGACUCAGGGAGGGAAGUGCCAUGAAACACGAAAAGCUCUCAAUGGGGGAAGACCAGAUAACGCUCCAAUCAAGUGUCCUUCUAAUGUGUCCGAGACCUUUCCUUUUCACUGACGGCUCAUAUUCUGACUGCUUACUACUCUAUCCUGAUGUGAAUAACACCAGCAACGUGUGUUGUUCUUUUCUUUGUGAAGCUCACUGAGGAUUGGAACAACUCUGAUCAACCUGCUUAGGCCAACACAUUAAAAACAAAAUCUUCUGAGCAAGCCACAAACAGCUUUGUGUUGCUACCCAGAGCCAUUACACACCGCUACUGACUGUGAGCCGUGGAAGCCUGUGGACAAACUUCUUCCCCUCCCUCUCCUACAAGAUGAUAUUUUACGAAAAUUUUUAACAUUUGGCCCCAGUCUGCCACGUUCAGGAAUGUUAGGUGGAGAUAUUUAAUUGCUUCUGUUUAUUUAUUGAAAAGGUGAACCGUUAUUUUAAUCGAUUACUCAAUCAAAGCAAAAAGACAGUUGUUACUUACCUGGUUAGUUUCAUUCUCACAUCCAGGUUAGUCCUGCCACUGGUCUCGCUUUCUCAUGAUGUUGAUUGUUGUUAGCAUAAUUAUGUUUGAUGUUUAUUUAUUGCUGCUUCGUGACGCGCCAUCUUCAGCUGAAAUGUGGAAUAAACAGCCUCAGAAUCUAGUUGUAGCUCACAAGAGAGCAUUGCAUAACAAGCUGGUUAAUAAGUGUUAAUUUAGUUAAUCAGGUUAUGUGUUUGGUUAGCUAGCCUCCUGUUAGCUACUCGACAGACAUGUACGACUGUACGGUAGUUUUACGACAGCCUACUAGUGAUGGAUGGAACUCCCUUUAGUUUCAAAGGCAGGAUUUUUUUCAACGUUUUCCAUAAUCGGAAAAAACAUAUAUAUUUCAGCCAAAUUUGUCUUUCUUGUAACCAUGAGGAAAGUACAAGAGCCUUUUCAAGCCAGCUCAGUGGCAGUGCGCAAGCAACAGGUGAACAGAAGGGGAGCGCUAUACUCUAUGCUUGACGUAACCAGAGAAAAUUCUGGUCACUCCAGCACUUUUCUUUUCUUUAUUAAAGAAAGUGCUGAUGGCAUGAUGGAAGAUUUUAAAACGGAAACUUUUUAAAGACCUUGGUUUACCUCGAUACCAGCACUGAUACCAUGACUAAUCCGAAUCACCUUACUGUACCGUUUGACACAAAUAAAUUAGUUGGUUUUAUUAUUUUUUUAAAUACUCUGUCUCCUUGAACUGAAUUAGCCAACAUGAACGCUGCAGCCACAACACAUUUAUAGUUUAAUGGCUGUUAGCCGGCAGUUAGCUAGCUUAGCAUACAGACUGGAAACAGAAAAUGCUAGAUUUGCAGUGGUUUGCUCUUUUUUUUUUGUCUGAGUGUUGAAUUCGAUACUUGCGGUUAUAAUAUCUAUCAACAUUAGUCAAUAUCAAUAUUUUUCUUAAAUGUGUGCAGUGUACAUUAGCAAGUUAGCUUAGCGCAAACUUUGAUAAUUGGAGGAAGGGAUACAUUUUGCUGCUUCUUUCUGUUUUCAUUCUCUGUUAGGUUAAACUAAAAGCUUGCUUCAGGUUUCAUAUUUAACAUUUAAGUGAGGUUCCUCACGAUGUUCUUUUACCUCCUAGAACUUGGCCUAAGCAGGGAAGCAGUUAGUUUAGCACAUUUAGCAAUUGGUAAAAAAAAAAAAAAAAAGACUAAGCAGCUGUUUCCUCCUGGUUUUGAACUUUGUACUAAUCUUGCUACAAGGCUUAUAUAUUAAAUAUAUAAAACACUAAUAAUUUUUUUUAAAUGAAACUUAUUUUAACUUAUUUUGUGAAAUAUCAAAAAAGCAGGCAACAGUUUCAGCUUGAAAGAUUUCUCCUGCGUUUUCUGCUGGCAUAGAAAUGUUCAAGCCGUUUUUGGAUACAGCUCAGAUUUUUGGUUGGCAUUUCUUAUUUGCCAAGUCAUGAGUUUUUAAAUACCCAAACUGGGGUGGAUGCAGAGGUCAAAGACCCCGGAUGUUGCCUGUAAAUGUACGCAGCCACGUUACAUGUUCUUUUGCUUGAAUAAUCCAAACUUUCUCUAUGCGAGUAUCCGCAGUGAUUGUGAAGACAAUGGAGACGAUCGCUACGGAUCCGAUACAAACUUCUCACUACGCUCUGUUCGUGGAACUGCUCGAGGAAAUGAUGAAAGUUUUUUUCUAAUAUGAGACAAUAAAGAAAAUAACUAUUUUUCAGUUUUCGGUUAAGACUUGUGUGACUAUCUUCCCUUUUCUGCUCGUGUCUUUGGCGCGUUUUGUAAACGCCAUUUUUCGCUGGCAAGAGCCGCUUCUACUUACGGCUGGACUACUAUAGAUUGUAAACGUAGUUUUUCUACUUACCUGUUGAACUAUUGCGCCAAUAUUUUUGCAGUAAAAAGAAGGAAUGGUUUAACUUUGUCCAGGAAAGCAAGAGACAUUGUUAGGAGCUUAAUGCGGGUUCUUAAAUGAAACUUUUAGUUUUUUCUUAUCCAGCUUGCUGAAUGUCCCAUGCUACCUUCAUCCACAGCCUAUUCAGACCUCUUGAACAGUGGUCCCCAACCCCCGGGCCUUGGACCGGUACUGGUCCGCGGACCAAUUGGUACCGGGCCGCGCAAGAAAUAAUUAAAUAUUUCCAUGUUAUGUAUCGAGUCUGGAGGAUCUUUUCUUUUGAAAAUCCUUUAACCGGAUUCUGUCGGUUACCUUUUGCGCGGCAACAUUGAGCCCACAAACAUCGUUUUGGUCUCCUCCCAACGCACGCACCCCCCUGCUUUCUUUUCCAGACGGGCAACCCCCUAACUCCCCGGUCCGCAGAAAAUUUGCGAAGUUUUAACCGGUCCGCGGUAUUAAAAAGGUUGGGGACCACUGCUCUUGAACAUUUUCACAUUUUGUCAGUCAUUCAACCACUGUACUGGAAUUUGUAACAAAUUGCUUUUGAAGUGGAAAGGAAAUGGCUUUACAAAUCAAAAUCUGGAAAGUGUGCUACCUUUAAGUGCGUUACCUUUAAGCCACACAUGGAGUGGCUUACUCUAUGGGUGAACAAAUAAACCUGUAAAAACGAAUAUGAAUACUUUUUCAAAGCGCUGUUUUUUUUCUUUCUUGUAUUUUCAUAAAAAGCUGCUGCGUCAUGUCAGGUCGUGGUUUUUCUGUCAAAACUCAUUUGACAGCCGUGGUCGACUGUUUAUGAUAUGUUGCCUUCCUGGACGCGGUACGCUGUGAUUCGUUCAUCUGGACGGUUCGGUUCCAGUUCACCGCUGCAUCAAAGCGACUGUCUUCUCUGGGGGGGGGGAACAAUAUUCAUUUUGGUAAAACGUCGUGUAAAUGUUUUGUGUUUUUUUUUCCCCUCUGGUGACAUUUAAAAUCUCAGUAAUGUGAAAACAUGUAUUAUUUGGAAUGGUUUAAUAAGAUUUUGUUGUGUGGGUAAUCUGAAAAAGGUUGGGUUUCAUUUAACCUCCCAGAUGAAUUAAAUAAUUUCCAACAUGUUAAUUCCCAACAUUAAUGUUAAUGUUUUUGUUCGAGCAUUGUUGAGUUUUAACUGAAUUAGGUCCAGAAUAAUUUAAGGUUUGUGAUUUAGGUCGGAUUGUUAUUCCCAUCGAAGUCUGAAGCCAACAUGAGUUUGUAUUGCUAUUUUGAGAUACUAAAUUUAGACACUUUUCUCCUGAAAUGUAUAUCAAGACCUACUGAUCAAAACCUGUCACAGUUUUGACGUGCCUGAAUAAAUACAUAAAAGGUCU